AUGGCUGAACUUGACACAGCUCCUCCCAAUACUCGAGCGGGCGGCAAUGACGAUGCACUUCGUAUCAAAAACAUCGGGCAUGAACGUGUCGAUGGUGCAGAUGAAAUCGACAUGGUAGCAUACCAUAAUGAUGUACCCAGAUGGAAAAGGAUCCAUCAGCACAGUCUUACUCAAAUGUUGUUGAUGAGUGUUCAAGCAUUUUGCGGUCCUGCUAUGGGCGACGCUUUAGCAGGCUUAGGUGGAGGAGGACUGGCAACACCCCAAACUUCGAAUACCGCUACUGCCAUCAGUUACACGUGUUUAGCUAUCACUUGUUUCAUUGGAGGUCCGCUUGUGAACCGAAUUGGUACGAAAUGGGCUCUCGUUUUCGGAGCUAUGUCCUUCCCUAUGCGCGGUGCCUCGUACUAUUGUAACAGUAAAUUCGGUAAUCAGUGGUUUCUGAUUUUGGCUGCCUUCAUUACUGGAACCGGGAGUGGGUGUUGGUACGUAGCCGAAUCUGGAACCAUUAUGACUAUAGCUCCUAGUGGAGCUAGAGGAAAGUAUCUCGCACUCUGGAUCGUCUCGCGAAAUCUUGGUCAACUCAUUGGUGGAGCCAUCAACCUAUCCAAAAACCAUACUGCCGGUCAGACAGGAGGCGUGACGCCAGAUACAUACAAUCCGUUCAUGAUUAUCGAAAGCCUUGCCUUCCCUUUUGCUUGGCUCAUUACUCCUCUACAUAAUGUUGUCAGGUCAGACGGCACCAGAGUCCGUGUUGCCAAGCGUUUGCCCGCCAGGGACGAGUUCAAAUUGAUCAAGGUCACUUUCACAUCCAAACUCAUCCUUCUAUCCAUCGUGUGGGCAGUCUGGUCCUUCUUUUAUUCUGGAACAUGGUCUACUUACCUCGCUACCUACUUUUCCGUUCGAGCCCGAGCUCUUUCUUCUCUUAUUUCCCCAUUCUUCUGCAUCGUUGGCUGUUUCGGUCUUGGAUUCAUACUUGACAUGAAAGGAGUCACUCAGCGACGAACAGCUCAGAUAGGGUUAUUCACCGUUUUGAUCCUCAAUACAGCAGUCUACGUUUGGACUAUUAUCAUGCAGACCAAAUUCAACAAGAGUAAUCCUGGCAAGAUCGAUUGGGCUGAUUCCUUAUACCCUUCUGCGUUUCUACCGUAUUUCUUCGUUCAAACUACUGGUCCAUUAUCUCAAUCUUACAUGUACUGGCUGUUAUCUUCUUUCGCAACAGAUGCUCAAACGAAUGUCAGGAAUGGUGCCGCUUUCAGAUGUUUAGAAGCUGUGGGUCAAGCUAUCUCAUACGGCAUGAAUACGAAGAUCAAAACUAGUCCCUUGAUCGGGUUCUGCGUCACUUUUGCUCUAAUGGGCUUGACUGUCGUCCCUACAACUAUAUUGGUUAAUUCGACUCCGGAUCAGAUUCCGGCGGACAUUCUCGAUGCCGAAGAACGGGUACAGGAGGAUCAUGUUGAUGAGAAGGAGCGUGGGGAAGAGGAUGUUGCUGUUCAAGUCCAAAGAGUUUGA